CAAGAAUUGGAAGAUAUGAACUUAAUUUAAAUGUAGGGAUUAUGUUCUGAAUAUUAUUAAUUUUGACCCAAUUACAAAAAAAAGUGACCACUUUUAAAAAAGAGCAAAGAAGUGAUCAAGAAGGUCAUAUUAAUGUCAUUCCCAAAUUUUAAUGUCACUAUCAAAUGUCACUGUGGCCACCGCCCGUGUCACUGCGGCCACCUCCCGUGUCACUGCGGCCACCGCCCGUGUCACUGCGGCCACCGCCCGUGUCACUGCGGCCACCUCCCGUGUCACUGCGGCCACCGCCCGUGUCACUGCGGCCACCGCCCGUGUCACUGCGGCCACCGCUCGUGUCACUAUCUUCACGGGCCGCCGGCCACGUUGACACAAAAUUACUCCGACUACCGCCCUCGGUCAAUUACCACCGCCUCCCCGCCGGAUACCACCACACCCCAGCUCCUGCCCCACUACCACUGCCCUUGACCUGCCCUUUACCCAACAGACCAGCUCCCACAGCCCCAGCCCCAGCCCAGUCCCACUCCCCAGCCAGCAACCCCCCUCCCCUAGACCAGCUCCCACAGCCCCAGCCCAGUCCCACUCCCUAGCCAGCAACCCCCCUCCCCUGCUCCCGCCCCCUGUCCUCCCUAAGGCCUUUCCUCGGCCAGUUUUUCCGACCACCGUACCAUGGAAUCCUUGCCGCACCCACACUAAGAUGGCAGAUCCAUAACCAGCAACCAAAAAUAGCAGCCACCGCCCGUCUUAUAGAUCUGGCACCGCCGACUCUAAGUCACAGCCGUCUUCCAUCUAGACAUAGGACCCAGCAUCGGCGGCCAUCUAGGUCAACGGAGAAGCUACAGAAGCGCGGGGGGAGGACGAAAGGGAAGAAGACGCCUUGGAGGUCUUCUCUGCUCGCGAGAUCGGCGAAGAGCAGGGCGAGGGCGAGAAUUCGUCUGCGCAAGGUGAUGGCGGCGCAAUUCGUCUGCAGAGGCUAUGGAAACGGCUCUUCUCAUCUGCAGAGGCUGGGAGGUCUUUUCUGUUCUUCUCGUCUGCGAAGGCUUCCAGCGUAGGUGUUCAAGCGCCGAAUGACAAAGGGGAAAGUUAGCUCACUUUUUUGUCUAAUCAAAAUUUGGUCAUAUUUUGAUCCAUUCAAAG